AAAAUGCAAUACGGUAUAUUUUGCAAAUAAAAAUGUGUAAUAUGAAAUAGGCCUAUGUUUGUUUAGAACUUGGAAUGAGCCCCUUUUUUGAAGGGAUAAUGGCUUAACGCGCCUUUGUUCGUAAACCCAUCGUUCACUUUUGAAAAUGCAUGAUAAAAAGCAACUUAUUCAAAGCAAAUUAAUAACAUUUCAGAUAUUAUGUAUGAAUGAGCAAUACUGGUAUAAAGCAGAAUUAAACGGAAAAGUAGGAAUUGUCCCCAGCACUUCAGUUGAAAUGAGAGAUUACGACUGGUUUUUUGGUCCAAUAAAUCGUGAAAAAGCAGAAGAAAUUUUACUUGAAAGAAAAGCAGAUGGAACCUAUUCUCAACCAGAUGGUGCUUUCUUAGUAAGACAUGAUGAAAGUUCUGAAGGGAAAUUCUCUGUUUUAGUCAAAUUGGGUGAGUCUGUCCAACAGUUUAAAGUGCUCUCAGAUAACACGGGAAGAUAUUCCAUUUGGGGGAAGAAGUUUAACUCCUUGAAUCAGGUUCUAGAGCACCACAGAACUACCUCUGCCAGUACAACGCGGGCAGUUCUCCUUAAAGACAUGUUUUAG